CUUCCUCUCCACACUGUCUGCAUCAGAAGAGAUUGGUUUACAUUGUUCUGCUCGAUUUUACCUUUUAUUUGAUGUUCUGGUACAAGCAGCUGGUUUAUAUAAAGAGGGUGGAGGUUUCUUUUGAAAUACACUUGCAAAGAAAAUGUGAAAAAAUCCUCAUCCCGGGAGGCUCUGUGAAAAUGAGCUGGAAAUCAUGGAAGUCCAGGAAAAGCAGGAGGAGCUGCCCCAUGGAUGGAUGAGAGAAGUAAGGCAGAGGAAAACAGGCAAGACUGCAGGAAAGCUGGACGUGUACAUGAUUAGUCCCAGUGGACAGAGAUUCCGUUCUAAAGUAUCCCUUCAUGCUUACUUGUUAAAAAAUGGAUUGGAGAACCUGGAAAAUAUGUUUGAUUUCACCUUAUCCAAACAUAAAUUCACUAGCUCUGAAACAGAUCACUCCAAGAAAAAGAAAAGGACACAGAAGAAAAGGCAGAUAAAUGGACAGGAGGAUCAAAUGGGUGAAAAGGUGAAAUCCCCCAAAGGUAAAUCUCAAAGAGCCUUUUCCUCUAUCAGCUGUAAAGCCAAAGACAGGAAGGUGAAGCCUACUGAGGAGGCUGUUAGCAGUGGUAUUUUGCAAGAGAGGUCAGAUGACAUCGCUGACGGGGCUGAGCAUCUUUCUUCAGACUUGGUGGAUAAUGAUGUGAACGAAAAACCUCGGAGGGUGGGGCUGCUGAGGGAAAAAAUACUGAGACUCGCUCCUGCCAGUGAUCAACAAAACACCUUUCCUGCUCAGAGGACUCAACAGACGAACCCACUCCCUUCAGGCUCAACUCUGAGUGUUGAAGCUGCCAAUGAGAGCGAGAAUAAAAGCGAGAACGUGGCAGACAAAGAUGCAGCGCCGCCUCACAGCAAAAGUGACAACAAGUCUAAUUCUGUGGUAGUGGAUAACGCUGACGGUCAUGAAGAGGAGGUGCUACCUGACAGCAGUGCUGGAAGCUGCACACCUGUAAGAGAUUCCCAGAAUAAAUCCAAGAAAUUGGUGAGUAAGCGGAAGACAAGCCCAUAUUUCAGCGGGAAACCAAUUAAAGAUGGACUCAGCCCACCGAGGAGGAAAGUUCUCAGAAAAUGGACGCCUCCCCGAUCUCCAUUCAACCUCAUACAGGAAACCCUUUUCCACGACCCCUGGAAGCUUCUGGUGGCCACUAUUUUUCUAAAUAAGACAAGUGGCAAGAUGGCUAUUCCAGUGCUUUGGCAGUUCUUUGAACGUUACCCGUCUGCAGAGGUGACCCAGGAGGCUGACUGGAAGCCCAUGUCUGAACUCAUGAAGCCACUUGGACUGUAUGAGCUCCGAGCCAAAACAAUCAUUCGCUUUUCAGAUGAGUUUCUCAACAAACAGUGGCGUUACCCCAUAGAGUUGCAUGGAAUAGGAAAGUAUGGGAACGACUCGUACAGGAUCUUCUGUGUUGAAGAGUGGAGACAGGUGAAGCCUGAAGAUCACAAGUUAAAUAAAUACCACGCCUGGCUGUGGGAGAACCAUGAGACGUUGGGAAUCUGAAGAAUGAGCGACUUCGAGGAAGAUUUUUAUCUUAAAGCAAGAAGAACUGCCCUGCUGUAUAAACACAGACAUUAUCAAACCAACAGCGUGUCGCACUUUUAAUUCUGAAUAAGUUAAAAAAUUAUGCUAUAAUGUUUCAAAUGUUUACCUUUUUAACAAGUUUUAUUAUCCUGUUCAAUAAAAGUGUUUAUUUUUAACAGUU